UACAUGACGGGGGCGUAAUAAAGUGAUAUGGAGUUUAAAAGCCCCUUUUCUUAAGAGUGUGUUCAUACAAUGACAAUGCUUGGUUUCUCUCAUGACAUCUUGGGAACAAAUUUCACGCCUGUGAAGGAAUGUCGCAUCUACACCUCCGGUCGCCUCCAGCGCGUGCGGUCUGCUAGCGCGGCUGACCGGGAUAUCCGUGUGCGUGUAUGAGUGUGUGUUGGGUUACUGAAAGGAGGUGUGGUCUAGAUCAAUAACUGACUGUAGGGGUACUGUAAAAUUCUAAACACUCUGUUGCGGAGACGGGGCACACUUCACUCAUUCUUUUAAACCCUGUUGGGGGGAAUUAGCAAACAUUUGAUGCUUAGUAUUCAGUUGAGACAUUGUAAAGCUGCAGAAGUAAAACGACUUUACGACAUUGGUUGUGGUAGCCUGGAAGACUGUCCUGGAUUGACUGUUAGCGUUUUUUCUCAUAGGACGUCGAUGAAGGCUACAGUGGAAUGUCCCUUGAUUUUUUGGAGCAAUAACAAAGAUCGAUUUUCGUGAAAAGACCGUGUCCUGAAGCUUAAUUAACAGGUGAUAUGUCUCGAAUGGACGUGGAUUUAAGGACGUCUACUUAUAAACAUCAUUACCUAUACAUUUCAGAGAACAGACAGUUGUCUUGUCUUUUCGAGAUACUCCAGUUUUUUGAAUUGGGGCUGUCUUACAUAACUGGGCUGUGCGCGUGUUUAUGAGACUGAUGAGACCGGUUUGUUGAACUGCGUUGGCUGCUUCACAACAAAGACGAUAUAUUUUCACUUCUACCCUAACGUUUAUAGUGUAGAAGGGACAAGACCUGCCAGACGUGGAGUGAUUCCAGAAGAAUCAGAUUCUCCUUACUAUGAUCCCCGAGGUUCUGGACUACCACUAGCUCUGAAAAGACAGGAUGAAUGACAGACAGAGGCAGGGAGGAGGGAUUCACACGGUGGAGGCCGAUGUCAUCUUUCACCACCCUGUCUGCUCGGACCUCUCCUCCCCCGCAGGUGAAGACGGGGGUGUCUGUCCCCUGCCACGGACGCACCACGGGAAUGCUAAUUCUCCAGACUUGGGAUUCGAACUGGACGACCAGGGAUUCUGCCGACAGAGCCCGCCGGUUACAAAGGAGUAUUUAUUGGAUGGAGGGACAGUGAUUGGGAAUCAUCACUUUGACCGUCAACAGGGUGAUGGAUCAUACAUUUCAAACACAGACCAGUUUAACAUUACUGAUCUCUCCCAUCAACCAGAUACAUAUCAAAUACCCAAGCUUGAUGCUGGAAGGGACCACAACUGUACGCAUGGAAGAAAUGGUAUCGGUGGGGACAUGAACGGGGCAAGGGCUAAUGUUCCCGACUGCGUGGGUCCCUCUCUAUACUUCAAAGGAGAGGCUCGAGAGGAAGCGGAAGGAUGCCCGUCCCUCUGCAGAGAGGGCAUAGUGAAGAGUCUGUGUCACAUCACUAAUGUCACCGCCUCCGCAGAGCAGGGCACCGCCGCGCCUGGCACUCAUUGUAUCGCCGCGGGCAACCAGCCACCCAUACAAGAGCUGCUUAGCCACAGCCCUUCCGCAGAUUACACACUGUAUGAGGAGCCCGGGCUCGAGGCAAGCGCAGGACACCGGGACGGCAGUGCAGACGGCCGGGUCAAACUCACAGCGCCGAAGGAGGAGCCGGAUAUAGUGAUUGAAGUCUGUGGCGAGAAAGUCAGCGCACACAAAUCUGUCCUGGCAGGGAAGAGUGACUAUUUCAAGGCGCGUCAGUCCAGAGACAUCCUGAAAGUGAAAGGGCUGAAGUACAAGACCCUGACCAUCCUGAUUGACUAUAUCUACACCUCCCGGAUGAACGUGCACAAGGACAAUGUGGUGGAGGUGAUUACAGGCGCUAAGAUCUUACAGAUCCCAUGUGCUGUCCAGGCUGCGAUGGACGCCGUGUCGGAGCAGGUGACUGUGGAGAACUGUUACGAGAUUUUAAGUAUCGCUAAAAAACAACGCCUCAACGAACUGAAGGAGACAGCCUAUCGCUUCAUGAGCGACAACUUCCUCCAGAUCCUCCGUGAGCCCGCUGUGUAUGGACGCCUGACGGGGUCCGAGAGGGAUCUGGUCCUGAGGAAGAGAAUGGAGGGGAAGAUGUCCCUGAUGGUCGCUGAGAUCAACGACGUAUUUGACCGCGUCGGGAGCCAACCUCAGAGUCGGUGCAACAGUCGACCACAGAGCCCUCUGUCCGUGGCGUCCUUCGAGGAGAACCACAUGAUCUACUACUUCAACGAGGCAGCCAAUGACUGGAGACCUCUAACUGUGAUGCCGGACGACAUUAACACCAAGGGCUGCGGGGUCUGCACCAUGUACAACUACCUGUUUGUGGCCGGGGGGAUAAAGGGUUACGGAGACAAGGGGAAGGUCUCAGACAGGGUGUUCUGUUACAACCCUGUCAACAACCGCUGGAGCGAGGUUCGACCGCUCAACCAGGCACGGUCGCAGCUCAAGCUCGUGUCCAUGGAGGGUAACUUGUACGCCAUAGGGGGGGAGUGUUUGUUCACGGUGGAGAAGUAUGAUCCCCGGACUGACCGAUGGACCCCGGUGGCCCAGUUACCCAAAGGGGCCUUUGCAGUGGCCCACGAAGCCACCACCUGUAACGGAGAGCUCUAUGUCUCCGGAGGGUCUCUGUUCUACCGUCUCCUCAGGUAUGACGCCAAGCGGGAUGAGUGGCAAGAGUGCCCCUACAACAACAGCAGGAAGAAGUCCUCCGAUAUGGUGGCGCUGAAAAGCUUCAUCUACAGGUUUGACGUCAGCCGCGACCAGGGCGUCACUGUGUUCAAGUACAACACCAUAGUGAAAAUGUGGCACGACUGCGCGUCGCAGCGAGAGGGCAGCCCUUUGCCGUUCAGGUGUGCCGUAAUGGGAAACCGCAUCUAUUGUGUGAACAAGACUCAGACUCUGCAGUUUGUAGUGGAGGAUGACGCCUCUUACUUCGUGGAGGAGCCUCUGAGGCCGCCCCUGGAAGCCAAGGGCAUACUGUUCCCCUUUGUCCUCCGUCUGCCAGAAAAGACAGAGAGGUUCAUGUGACAUUACCGUGUAUCACUCCUGCAACACUGUAGAGGCCCCUCAAUAGAACAUAGUGGACCUUUAAAAUAUGAUGCAUUUUCAACAUGUCAGCUUAAUUUCCCUCCCUGUCCAGUUUACCUGCUUGUAAUGGAAUGUGUUUCAAUGCAUGUCGAGUUACAGUCUCUGCAGGACAAGCCUUAAACAAGGACUGCUUUUACGUGUUGAUGAGUGCAACGUUAAAAACAAAUGCGUUUGUUUGUACAUAAUGAAAUGAUUUGUGCAUGUGUUUAGAUGGAAUUGUGCACUUUUGUAACUGCAGAUAGUUAGGAUAUUGUUUUAAAUAUUGUCGGCUGGUUUGAACAGUGGGAAUGAGGGAAAAGUUGAAGGAUGUUCUUACUGACACAGCUGGUACACUCAGUUCCUAUGCAAAGAAAACAAGCUAAGUAUCUGUUACAGCACAAGGCUUCUAGAGUAGGCCUAGUGAUUAAACAGUAAGAAGGCCAUUAUUUGGUAGGAAUAAAUCUCAUAUCUUUUACAAUUGUUAUUCUACCAUUCAAGACACCCAAUGAAUAAUGUUGAAGAGCACAAAGCACUUAUUAUUCAUUUUAAGCCAGUAUCCACCUAUUCAUUCAGAACUAACAAUCUGCCUUCCCAGCUGUGUCAAGGUCAGCACUCGUCUUGCAUUUUGGGGCUGGUUUUGCAGACCAAGAUUACGAUUUAUUUUGUGUCUGCAAAACAAUUUUUUCUUUUUUACUGCUCCUGGGGUUGGUAUUCAAAAGGAAAGGAUGCAUAGAAAUAUUAUUUUAACAUAAAUGCCCAUUCAAGUAAAUUCUAUCCUAUCUAUUCAUUCUAUUUCAAUAUAUGUUUUCCUAUCAAAUUGGUCAAAAAGUGAUUCAAUGUCAUACCCAUGGAAUACGGUCUCUUAAAAAUUGGGUGGUUUGAAUCCUGAAUGCUGACUGGCUGAAAGCCAUGGUAAAUUAGACCAUAUACCACUGUUAAGACAUCACAUCACUUUUUACUGCUCUUAUUGAGUUGGUAACCGGUUUAUAAGAGCAAUAAGGCACCUCAGGAGUUUGCCAAAAAAGGGAUAUAUUGCCAAAACACCACGACUAAGUGCUGUGUCCAGGCACUCUGCUCGCUGCGGUGGUGUAUUGGCCAUGUACCACACCCUCUUGUGCCUCAUUGCUUACAUUUACCACGGGUAUCAGCCAAUCAGCAUUCAGGAUUCAUGCCACCCAGUUUAUAAGCAACAAUGUAUCGAUGUUGCUGUGAAAAAGGACACUACUCUGGCUGCUACACUGUUAAGUGAAAAGUAAUUUCUCCUAUGCAGGACAGGGACAUUUCUUGUUGUCUUGCUAAUAGGAACGCUAAGUAUUUGAUGCACCAGCAGUAGCCCCAUUUAUAACUUUCUCUAACAUGUUUUCUAUUCAUAUAUUGGCCUGGUAUUAACCUAAUCUUGUCUGUUUACACUUAAGUUCACAAUGUGUCUUUUAAUGAUCUAUGCCAGUCUAAAUAUGUGAUUGUACAUUAUUCUAACAUUCAAAAUGUGAAUAAGUUCUGGACAACGGACGCAUGUUGGAAACAGGUAUAAAUGGGCUCAUAAGACCGUGACUGGCAUUUAUAGGCCAGUAGUUUUGGGAAACUGUGCAAAUGCAUCCCAACUACUUGAUGUCUGUAUAAUUUAGGCCCAUUGCCCCUGUUAGAUUAAGCAUGGUGUUGUUGCCAUGGCCUGUCAGUUUUACUUCCUGCAUAAUUAUCUCACCCAUACUGCAUUUAGUAAGCAGCAAUCUUUAUCAACUUCAGCUCAAUGUUUAUCUAUUCUGCUAAGGUAUGCCAAAUCCAUAAUUUACUUUGACUAUUGGAGAAAACCAUUUCAUUGCUCUUCCUUAGAAAUUAGACAUUUGUUUAAUCUUUUUUGCAAUAAUACAUACAUGGAAUUUUGUUCAUCUGUGGAAUUUGAUUCAGUUUAAUGAACAAAAUGCUAUUGCCACAUUUGCUACAACAAUAUCUCAGAUCGGCAGUUGAAACUAUUGAGACAGAUGUGUUUAGAUUUAUGAGUUAGGUAUUCUGCUGGGGCUGUUGGUUAAGAAAAUUGCAGUAAUGAAUGGCUUAAAAUUACAGUGUUGGUUGAAAGCUUUAUUGCUGUAAAUGGCAUAUAAAUGAAAAAACUAACUGCUGGAUCAUGUAUUUCAGUCAAAACUGUGCUGCAAGUAAAAUAUUUUGUCUGAACAAAGUUGGAAAUGUGUUUUUCUGCACGCAUAGCGGUCCUUAGUGCUGAACAACAACAAUGGUUUUAUUGGCACAUAAGUGCCAUCUACUGGACAAUUACUGUAACACUCCCUGUCACAACAGCAUGCACUUU